GUAAAGAAUUGAGGGAGAAGAGAAGCGACAUGCAUUGACGAUAUAAAGAGGGCGAAGAGAUUUGAAUAUUGAUCAGUUUGUUUGGGUGAAGAAGAUAAAGAAAAUGAGGAGAACUGCGUCUCAACCCCUCCUGUAAAUUUCUCUGCAAUUGGUAUUCAUCUAGUGUUGCAGAGUAAUGAAUUGGUAUUGUUUUUCUUUAUCGCGCAGGAGGCAUUUUCUCGAAGACGAUGAAUUUGACGAGCAUCUCAAACCCUUCAGAGAUGCUGAUCCCUUAACCAAACAACUCUCCUGCAUCUCCCUCCCUAAACGCGAUUCCAGGAAAUCUUGUGAAGAAUUCUGGUGCGAAAAAUACGGAGCGUGGAGGCAAGAGCAGAGGAGCGGAGCAGCGAAGCUGAAGAAACAGCUCAAGGCAAGAUGGGCCAUCCAGAAGCUCAUCGACGAGCAGUUGGGCCGAUACAAGGCCCACUACAGGCGCGCCAUGGGCCCCACCAAGAUGUCCGACGUGGCCGAGCUCCUCAUGCCCAAGUGGGCCCCGCCCCACGAAGCCGCCGCCGUGUUCUGGCUCGGAGACUGGCGGCCUUCCACCGUCCUCGAGCUCCUCCGCUCCAUCGCCCGCUCCCUCGACGUGUGGGACCCGGUCGGCGUCGAGCGGGCCCUGUCCCACCUCAUCAGCGACGUCCGCAACGAGGAGGCCGUCAUCGACGAGGAAAUGACCGAGGUCCAGGCCAACUGCGUCCUCCACCUCCCUUUCGGCCCGGCCCAGAACGACGCCAAUUGGCCCGGCCUGCCCCAACUCCGCUCCGAGUUCAGGAAGGUCCACCGGGUCAUAGUCAAGGCCCAAAAUCUCAGGAUCAAGGCACUCGAGAUGGUAGUGAAGAAGGUGCUAAGCCAAAGUGAUGCAGCGGAAUUCCUAGUUGCAUAUAUGGGAAUUCAAGAUGUGAUUAACGAGAUUUCCACCAAAUUCAAGUCGCGCAAUGCAGUGCUUCUACCAUUGAAGAAUUCCUAGUCAUGUUUGGAUCAGCUACACCUUUUUCUUCUUUUUUUGUUUGAAGAUUUAUCAACAUUCUUUCAUUCUAUCUUUGAUUGCAUACAUAAAUCGAAGACUUGUAUAGCCUUUGUUGGGGAGUCAUGGUUUUGUAUAGUUGGUUUUUGUUGAAUUGGAAUAUCAAUUUGUGAA